AUGGAAAGACUUCCGGAAGAGCUUAUUGCCAUGGUUGCGGGCUACCUGCCAAAAAAGGGCCUCGCUCCCUACGCCACGCUAUCAACACGGUGGCAGCGAGUAAUCGAACGGCGCACAUUUUCUAAACUUCAUGUCAAAAGCACCAAUGAAGAUAUGGAGAUUCUAAGACUUCUCUUGAAUUCUCACCGACUCACAUACCUUAAUGAGCUUUACUUUACGGUUGUUGUCUCUUUCAAUGAAGCCAGCAUCAAACAGCGCAACCAACAAGAGGCGCAAUUUAGUGCUGCCUUCACGGAGGCUUUGCGGCACCUGUUCCUAGUCCUAUCUCAAGAUGUUUAUCCUGCUACCAGCGGGAGCAAGAGUAAAAUGCUCCUGCAGAUUUCCGGGGUGAAGUCGGUACUGGAUACCUGGGACCAGCCGUCCAAAUACCUUGCACAACACAUCGGACUGGUAGGAGUUGAGUCGUUGCCAACUGUCGGAUGCAUAUCUCGAUUGGGACUCUGUGAUAGCGACCGCAAGGUGGCCCUCCGAGCGGGUAUCGAGCUUUCUACACGACUGCCAAACGUUCGCAGCAUUGAUCUGGAAACAGUUGAGCAGGACUUGGCAAGGAUUACAAAGAAUGCUGUAUCACUUCGGGAAAACCGCCGUAACCUCGCAGAAGCCCUUGCCAAAACCAAACUUAUCGCGAGAUUAAUUCAAGGCCAAUUCAGCUUGAAGACGGACGAUAUUGAGGCAACAGACUUGUUAUUCAAACCUCGCUUUGCGUUUCCUAAUUGCCAUGCAAAUCCGGCAGCACCAUCGUACGAUCCUCUAGGUGUGGCAAUACGUACCUUGUCCCAGAAUCUUACCUCUCUCAACCUUUGCGGAACAUUUGAUGCCGCUCUCUUUUGGCCUUCUGAAGCCGAACCCGGUGAUACCAUCGCAACAACAUCGUCAAUAUCUGCGCUGUGGCCUCACUUAAAGCACAUGACUGUGAAGCUGGGCAUCUGCACUCCAGAUGGAGGCUGGCACUUUAAGGCGAAACCCGGCGCAAUGACUCGGAGAGGCUCCUGGCCCCCGCCCCUGAACAUUCCCUGUGAGGAGACAAUGCAACCUUUGUUUGCCUCCUGGUCGAAGGCACUUUCCCAGAUGCCCGUUCUUCAAUCAGCCACAAUAUGGUUCCACGUGGAAAUGAUGAUGCCAACUCCUGGCUUCGACCCACCCGAGCAGCGCGCCGUCGACAAAUGGAUUGUCGGGUUUCAGGCUCCUGGUGUCAUUCCUGACCCAACAAUCUAUAGCUUUCCCAGAAGAAGAGUCACUAUGUCAGAGUUACAGAGCCCGAGACUCAUCUUUGAGCGGACUAACAGCUGGAGACCAAUGAAAGCAACGAUGAUGGACUUGUAUGAGAUGGCAAAGCAGAAAUUCCCAAGCAAAACCAUGGUAGAGUUCGAUGUGAACAUCUCAAACAGGGUUAUUCGGAGAUGA